AUAGAACGGAGAAAGAGAGAGGGAGGGAGGGAGGGAAGAGACGCUUCAAUACUUCAGAGAUCUGAUCUUGUUAAGGGAAAACCUGUGUCAUUUUUAAGAAACUCCAGGCACACAGACGGACUUUGGAGGACACAUUUGGGACUAAAAACAUCCAAACUGACUUUCUGCAUUGAAUGCGUGACAAUGACGGCAGCUGUCGAUAUUAAGCCGUUAACUAUAAUAAAAUCUGAAAAAGUCGACGAUCUGGAGUGUGCGGAUGUUCCAUUAUUGACUCCAGGAAGUAAAGAAAUGAUGUCACAGGCUCUUUUGGCCACAUUCAGCGGCUUCACCAGGGAGCAACAGCGGCUCUCCAUCCCAAAAGACCCCCGUGAGUGGACCGAGGGCCAUGUGAGAGAAUGGUUGACUUGGACAGUAAAUGAGUUCAGUCUGAAGAAUGUUGACUUCCAUAAGUUCAGCAUGGACGGGGCCCACCUCUGCGCCCUGGGCAAAGAGCGAUUCCUGGAUCUGGCACCAGACUUUGUGGGUGACAUCCUCUGGGAGCAUUUAGAGAUGCUGCAGAAAGAAGACCAGAAGCAUUUUCCUGUCAACAGUCUGACCUCCAGUUUACAGGAAUGCCGCUACCCCUCAGACUACUUGUUCAAUUAUGGCAUAGAACAUCCUCAGUGUGUCCCUCCGUCAGAAUACUCCGAGCCGAGCUUCAUCACCGAGUCCUACCAGACCCUCCACCCGAUCAGCUCAGAAGACCUGCUGUCGCUCAAAUACGAGAGCGAGUAUCCCAAUGUGAUACUGCGAGACACACCUCUCAAUCCACUGCAGGGAGACUACUUCUCAGUCAAACAGGAAGUUGUGUCACCUGACAACAUGUGUGUGGGCCGCAUUAGCAGAGGUAAGCUGGGAGGUCAAGAUUCGUUUGAGAGCAUUGACAGUUUCGAGAGCUGCGACAGACUGACACAGUCCUGGAGUAGUCAGUCAUCAUUCAACAGCCUACAGAGAGUUCCCUCUUACGACAGCUUCGACUCGGAGGACUAUCCCACUGCACUGCAUGGACACAAACCAAAGGGUACCUUCAAAGACUACGUACGAGAGCGCUCGGACCUCAGCAAGGACAAACCGGUCAUCCCGGCGGCUGCGCUCGCUGGCUACACAGGCAGCGGACCCAUCCAGCUCUGGCAGUUUCUGUUGGAGCUCUUGACGGACAAAUCCUGCCAGACCUUCAUCAGCUGGACUGGAGACGGUUGGGAGUUCAAGCUUUCUGACCCUGAUGAGGUGGCACGCAGAUGGGGCAAGAGGAAAAACAAGCCCAAGAUGAACUACGAGAAGUUGAGUCGUGGUCUGCGCUACUACUACGACAAAAACAUCAUCCACAAGACGUCCGGCAAGCGCUACGUCUACCGCUUUGUGUGUGACUUGAAGAGCCUGCUGGGAUACACUCCCGAAGAGCUGCACACCAUGUUAGACGUGAAGCCCGACACGGAUGAGUAAACUUCAGACAAAAGUUUGGAAACAAUAAGGCUGCAAAAGUCCCUUACAGACCCUGGAAUAAAAAAAAAAUGGGGCAUUCAAUCACAUUCCAUCUUAACACUUAGUCGUGGUCCAGUCUUGUUUUGAGCUCACAGGGGACGAAAAAAGAAAAAAAAGAGCAAGCACCAAAACAUUUACCAAAGUUAAGAAUCCGUAGGCUUGGCGCCUCUGUAUUGUUUGUAGUUCUGCUGGAAGGGAAUACUCUGCGUUCAGGUAGAACUGCUGUUUUGACCCAGUAGCACAAACACCAGGAAGGAACAGAGGACAAUAAGAUGGACAUUUCUUGGACUCAACGCUCCUGUUAUUAAACACGUUGCCAACAUUAGAGACAAGAGGAAUAUCGCAGAAAUAUUUACGAUUGAGUUACAUACUGUUUCUGUCUCCUUGCAUACACAACCACGAGGAAGAGUUCUCAGCCGGACCAAAAGAACAAAAGUGUUUUAUUAUUUUCUAUUUGAUAGUUUCUUAAAGAUCUAUAUGUGUCAGUAUUCAUUUGUUGUGUUGCGAUGCUGUCCGGACAGAGAUUGCACCGUUUUGUACAUUUUCAUAUGAAGGUUUCUUGAAGUCAAACUGUGCUUAGAUAGUCUCUCCGCUUCUUUUAAGGUCACGGUUGGUUACGGUUUGCUCUUACCACAGUGUCCAUAAGCGCUGUUUCUGAUCACCAGAUCAAAAUAGAUACCAGAGUCUCGCCCUUUUCAGUUGAAAGAGACAUACCUCAGUCAAACUGAAAGACGCAAAUGAAAGCGGCCGUUGGCUUCUCAACGGUGACACGCUUGUGGUGAAAACGAGGUGUCGUUUUAUCACUCGUAUUAAGACAAGAGACAUUAAACAUUUCUUGCCUCGGUUUCUUUGUAUGUGAAUGGUUUUUGAUAAAGCUUUGCCUUAAUAUAGCACAUUACAUUUAUGAACUCGCUGUACUUUCUCAAGGUUGACUGAAACGUGUGGGUUGGUGACAACUGAAAUGUCACUCAACCGGGCCUCAAGCGGUUUGCUGGCAGCGCUAGACUGAACCGAAAGCCAUAAAGCGAGGCCUUUUAACUUUGAGACAGACGUGGCGAUGUUAGCCAUGUUGAAAAGUGCACACUUCAGCAUGCAUCUGGAUUGGCAAAGUAUGUGAGAUGGAUUCUGCAGCAGAAACCAAGGAUCUGUUGGGCUGCGUUCGAUUUUCCUGAUGGUUUGUGAAAGUGUUACUGUUAGCGACUGAUAUAAUGGUAAGAUUGAAGGAAGACCAGAUCAUGCUGAGACUUUCGGCAGCUUUAAAGAUGAUGAUGUGUGCUACUACUGGCUAACAAGCGUCAAAAGAUCAGAAUCAUAAAAAUGGGAGCAAGUUUCGUAAUGGUUCGUUUGAAUGCAGUAUCAUGGACACUGAACUAUUUUAGUCAUUGCAGGGUGUAACUUAAGCCAGAGUUAUAAUAUAGUGUCCAUGAAAUGAAUAGCGUACUUUAAAUUGAGCUACUUGGAGUAACUGCACAUGAAAUGUCAAAUAUGUUACCAGUAUUUUCAAUACUUUACAGGUUAAAAAGACUGAAUGGUUUUCUUCAGCACAGCAUUUCAGUCUGUGGGAAGGGUCUCGUGCACCAGACCUUGUGGGAAAAGCCAAAGUAAAGAACAUUCAUCCAGAAAAAAACAAACCGUAUUGUUUACAGUGGCAGAACGCUACCAAUCCUGAUUGGUGUAGCUUUGGAAUUGUCUAUUUUUACAGAUAACGUUUCAUAAAAUGGCUAGAUUAAACAAUAAACUGGGAGCACAUUCAAAAUAGAAGUAUUUAAUUCAGAGAUGAGCUGCUUUCAGUCGCAACAACCCCAAAAAGUGCUACAUCGCCUGAACAAUCAGUUUAUAGUGUUAAAAAGUCUCUCUGGAAUAACACGAAGAAAGCAUGAGUUUGGUAAAGCCACAAAAGAAAGCCAGCGUGACUUUAUUUUUUAAUUGUCAUUAUUAUUUGACAAGGUCUAAAUCAUAAUGCAGUCUGUCCUGAUUGUAAAUGUUGCAAAAGCGAUGCAUUUGUGUGAAAAUGAACACUUCUGACAGAUGCAUACAUGCGUCUUUUUUAUUUCCCCACAAUUUUGCCUUGUUUUGUAUAUUUUAUAUUUCUGUAUUUUUUGAAUUUUAAUGUAUUUAGUUCACAAACAUUUUGAUAUUUUUCAAUAAUUUAUAUUUUAUAAACUUUGAAAUAUGAGAUGCAGACAGCUGGUGCUUUCGUGGGGGGAAAAA